CUGCUGCUGGUGCUCUUAGCAACCGUGCCACGGCAACGGAGCACCACGACAACGGAGUGCUGUGUCUCCCCUUAUGGAGCUUCCAUUGGGUGGGCCGGCGCUGAGGCACUACACCCGCAGCAGACCUAGACCACACCGACAAAACCAACACCUCCGCCCCAGCAGACCACAGGAAUCGGUGGUUGACAAUGAAAAUGGAAUCCCUAAUCACAUGGGGCGAGUUGAUGAGGGAGUUGAAGAGUUCUUUACUAAGAGAGUCCUUCCUGUCGACACCGUGAAAACACAGAAUGAGUCUGAGGAACCUCCCAUUACUGAACAGGAAGUGGAAGUAGCGCCUGCUAGCGCCGCCCCUUGCCCUGCCCCUUCCAGAACCCUACGGAGGAAGCUGGGCGAGUUCUUCACCCUUAAAAAGCGGAGGGCUGUGAAAUCAGAGGGAAGCCAAGAGGGGAAGGCCAAGAAGACCUCCAUCGCCGACCUAAUUCGGCCUCUUAGGGAGGCCACCAGAGCUGAAAAAGAUCAAGUGAAAGAGAAGGAGAGUGUGGAUGACAGCUUUGUGACAGGAGAUCCAGUGGAAGCAGAAACCCCUCCUGAUGGUCCCACUCCACUGAGGGGUGAGGCUCUACCCCGUCGUGCACUAAGAGAGGGGAAGUCACAGUCUCUCAUUCUGCUCUCUGGAUCCGCAGCCAACGCUGGGAACACCAAGAACACUGCACAAGGGAAGAUUCAGAAACACUCGUCUGACAGCCAUCAUGGCUUUGAGCAGCGCCUCCAGCUCAUGCUACAACGUAUUGGUGUGUCCAAAGCUCAGCCAGGGGAGACACAGAGUCAGGAGGGAGAGAUGAAAAAAGCUGAAUCAGAGGGCACUAUCAUCGAUAAUAAACCUGAGCCCCCACCCACAUUUAUGAAGCCCCGGACCAUGUCCACCUCAUCAGAUACGAGACGAGCGGUCAGACAGAGUGUGUCCGCACAUGAGUCAGCUGGGAAACCUGCUCUGCCUCCUAAGCCAAUAAUUAAGCGAGGCCCAACCCCACCUCCCACUAUCUCCGGUCAUCUCACCCCUGAGAAUGACCUAUCCCAAAUACAGGAAGGAGAAGCAUGUUCCCCCACAGACCCCACCACUAGUAUCACUGAUACCCCUACCAGUUCUAAACCUAUCCCCACUGACAUCACUAUUCCCUCCCCUGUCCCAGAUCCCACUAACUCUUAUAUUCCCUCUGACACCAUCAUUCUCUCCCCUGUCCCAGAUCCCAUUAACUAUUCUAUUCUCACUGACACCAUCAUUCCCUCCCCUGUCCCAGAUCCCACUAACUCUUCUAUUCCCACUGACACCAUCAUUCCCUCCCCUGUCCCAGAUCCCACUAACUCUUCCAUCCCCGUUUCUACUACUGCUACUUCCUCUAAUUCAACCCCCAAUGACAUCAUCCCCUCUACAAUGUCUGCACCUACCCCUAUCAAUACUACAGCGCCCAACCCCAACACCACCACCUUCAUCUCCAGUACUAACCCUGCCACAACCACUACCAAUACCUCCAUCACAACUACAUCUGGCCCUAUGAAUAUUACAACUUCCACCCCCCCUACUGACAUGAACUUUGACUCUAUCCUCACUAUCACUAUCCUCACAGUAGGAAAUCUGCAACUUUACAAGAAGGUUGUUGUUUUUUCCUAG